UCACGUGACUGCCCGGCCCGUUGUCAGGGUAACGGGAAGCGAAGCGGCCUGGCACAGGAGUAGAAGCCUUACGGGAGGAAAAAUAAAAGGAGCAAGCCGGCGGGGUCUGGUCUUGCGGGAGGUUUAUUCGCCAUGGCGGUGUAUUUUGACCAUCGGAUCGAAGCUCCGAACCCUGCAGCAUCCCCAUCAAACAUCUCUUGGCACAGCCAACAUGCUCUGCUGGCCGUGGCUUCCAUCAGCUCGUUGUCAGGAGGUUGUGUGGACGUUUACAGUGAACUGGGUGAACAUGUCACUGCUUCGCAUGUGGAAAGGUCCUACCAGCCUACUUUGCUUAGCUGGCACCCAACAAAACGCCUUCUUGCCAUGGGCUGGGUCACGGGAGAGGUGGUCAUUUUUAACGAGCAGGAUAAAGAGUUUCACACAGUGCCUCCAACACAUGGCGCAGAGAUUACAUUGCUGGUGUGGAGCGUUAACAACAGCCGUCUGCUUACUGGAGACUUGAAUGGUCUGUUGAUUGUGUGGAAAUUGGAUCAGCGAGGUCGUGUUCAGGGUGCCCCCUUACUGAAGUUGGAAUACCACAAGCCAUUGACUCACUGCAUCUUUAAACCAGUAGCCCCUGAAGAGGAUAUGACCCAGCUGGCUAAGGCUGCAGUGAGUGGCGAUGAGAAAGCCCUUGAUAAAUUUAAUUGGAAAAUAAAGACGGGAACACAGCAAGAGUUUUCCUUCUUCGUCAGCACAGGAGAUGGUUCGAUACACUGGGUGAAUGAACAGGGUAAAAGUAUGCAGAUAAUUGGUAUGGACAGUCCUGUGCGCACACUGCUUUUCAUAGAGAAGAAAUCUACGCUGGUUGUGAUCUCUGAGAACUUCCUGCUCUUGCGGUUCUUCAUAACUCCAGAAGGGGACGCUGAGGAGAUCUCAAAGGUGAAGCUGACUGGGAGGAUCGGGAAGACGACGGACAUUCUUUGUAUUGAGAAGACUCUGCUUGUUACAGCUACAGGAGAAAGUGUCUUAAGAUUCUGGGACCUGGAGCGAGAUGACAAUUAUGUCUUAUUCCUGGAUGAACAGUUGGGAUUUGAAGCUGAGGAGACCAUUAACUGUAUAUCUUAUUGUGAUGCUAAAGCCAUGUUGGCAGCUGGAACCAGUAAAGGCAAGGUCGCCAUGUGGAGCAAAGUAACUGGUGGGCCAAAAUCUUUAAAGACCGAUGGAAAAGACAGCUGGAAACUGAGGACCCCAACAGAACUAGAGGGCAACAUUACUCAAGUACAGUGGGGAUCCUCCAAAAAUCUCUUAUCCGUGAACAAUCUCAGCUGUGUCCUGGUCCUCAGUGAACAUGUCAUGUCUUCUCAUUUUCACCAACAAGUUGCAGCCAUCCAAGUGGCCCCUUCUCAGCUCAGUAUAACUUUCUUCAGUACGGGGGCCACCCACAGCCUAAAGACUGAUAUGUAUAUCAUAGGGGUCUUCGUCACAAAAGAAUAUGUCGCAGUGUGGAACGGAAAGCAGGUGACUGUCUAUGAACUCAAUGGACCAACACUGAGGAACACAGGCUCCUUUGCUAGUGACUCUCCUGUGCUGGCAAUACACGAAGAAAACAUCUACACUGUGGAGCCAAAUAGAGUCCAAAUUCGCACUUUACAGGGUACUGUGAAGCAGUUACUCCAAUUCUCUGUGUCAGAGGGGAGUCCGUGUUUCCUGGACAUAUGUGGAGGAUUCCUGGUGGUAGCCACAAAUUCUGCACAUUUUAAGCUCUUUGACCUCUCCAGAAGGGAAGCCAAAGCCCACAGCAACUGUAAAAACCUGUGUGAGCUGGUGCCAGGACUGGGCAGCAUUGUGUCCAUCAGGUGUAAUGCCAAUGGCAGUAAAGUCAGCAUCCUUGCCAACCGGGCUGAAGGCAACUUGGACUCCAAAAUGUACUUCUAUGAUGUUGAACUGGACACUGUGACUUUCUUUGACUUUUGGAAUGGACAAGCAGACCAAGGAGAUUCACCAACACCAUCCAAUCCAGACUCGAAUCUCCCAGAGAACUCCAAGCUUUUCGAUCGAAUCCCAAUCAAUCACUUCUGGGACCAGAGUGAGCCGCGACUCUUGGUUUGUGAGGCAAUGUUGGCUAUCCCAAACUCCCUGCACCCAUCACCAAAACAUAACCAGCUUGUGGAGGUCCCUCAUGGAAAGGAAGAUGUGCUGGUCAUGUCAUUUUUCAGCACCCAAGAACAUGGUUUGCUACUUCAGGAAAGCUACCCCAGGCCAGCAGCCCUCCAAUCACUUCUUGGUAUAGAAGUUCCAUACUGUUAUUUCACAAAGAAGUCAGGAGAAGAAGAUGAGAAAUCUGUCCCCGGAGAAGAAGGCACACCAGAUAUCCCCCAUAUGGUGGCAAAGAAACCUCUACGAGAUUUUAUCGGGUUGGAGGAUUGUGAAAAGGUAACCCGGGAUGCCCUGCUUAACUUCAGCUUCUACCUCACCGUGGGAGACAUGGACGAAGCCUUUAAAUCAAUCAAGCUCAUUAAGAGUGAAACGGUGUGGGAAAAUAUGGCACGUAUGUGCGUCAAGACAAGAAGACUGGAUGUAGCCAAAGUGUGCCUUGGAAAGAUGGGCCAUGCCAGAGGUGCAAAGGCAUUGCGAGAGGCAGAGCAAGAGCCGGAGAUCGAGGCCAGAGUGGCCAUGUUGGCUGUACAGCUAGGCAUGCUGGAAGAUGCAGAACAGCUGUAUAAAACUUGUAAGCGUUAUGAUCUUCUGAAUAAACUGUACCAGGCGUGGGGACAGUGGAAAAAAGCCAUGGAGAUUGCAGAGAACCAUGACCGAGUACACCUACGCACCACCUACUACCAGUAUGCCAAGCACAUGGAAGCCAUGGGAGACCGCAAUGAUUCCCUCAACUACUAUGAGAAGUCAGAUACGCACCGCUUUGAGGUUCCAAGAAUGCUUCUGGAAGAUCCUCAGGCCUUGGAGAUCUACAUCAAUAAGAAGAAAGACAAAAAUCUUUGGAAGUGGUGGGCUCAGUACUUGGAAAGCCAGGCUGACCUGGACAGUGCCCUCAAGUACUAUGAGAUGGCUCAGGACUACCUGUCUCUGGUGCGAGUGCAUUGCUUCCUGAGGAACAUUCAAAAGGCGGCAGAGAUAGCCAAUGAGACCGGUAACUUGGCAGCUUCCUACCACCUGGCACGUCAGUAUGAAAGCCAAGCGGAUCUGAAACAAGCCGUGCACUUCUACACCAGGGCGCAAGCUUACAACAACGCUAUCCGACUCUGCAAGGAGAACAAUCUUGAUGAUCAACUCAUGAACCUCGCUUUGCUGAGCACUCCGGAGGAUAUGAUGGAUGCUGCACGUUAUUAUGAGGAGCAGGGGGAGCAGAUGGAUAGAGCUGUUAUGCUUUAUCACAAGUCGGGUCACCUCUCUAAGGCACUGGAGUUGGCAUUUGCCACUGAGCAGUUUGGCGCUCUUCAGUUAAUAGCGGAGGAACUGGAUGAAAAGUCAGACCCAGCUUUACUUGCCCGUUGCUCAGACUUUUUCAUCCAGCACAACCAGUUUGAUAAGGCUGUGGAGUUGCUUUUAGCAGCUAAAAAGUACUACGAUGCUCUUCAGCUCUGCCUAGAGCAGAACCUCAUCAUCACGGAAGACAUGGCCGAAAAAAUGACGGUGUCUAAAAACUCCAAGGAGCUCAGCGAGGAAGCGAGGCGAGAGCUGCUGGAGCGCAUUGCAGACUGCUGCAUGAGACAAGGGAACUAUCAUCUUGCCACCAAGAAAUACACCCAGGCUGGAAACAAGCUGAAGGCCAUGAGGUCCUUACUUAAGUCUGGUGACACUGAGAAGAUUGUCUUCUUUGCUGGAGUGUCCCGUCAAAAGGAAAUCUAUAUCAUGGCAGCCAAUUAUCUGCAGUCUCUGGACUGGCGCCAAGACCCCUACAUUGUCAAUAACAUCAUCACCUUCUACACAAAGGGCAGGGCCCUUGACCUUUUAGCUGGCUUCUAUGAUGCCUGUGCUCAGGCAGAGAUUGAUGAGUACCAGAACUAUGAGAAGGCCCUGGGAGCUCUGACUGAGGCCUACAAAUGUCUGACAAAAGCCAAGAUGAGAAGCCCAGAGGAUCAGGAGAGAAAACUGUCUGAAAUGCAGAACAAGCUGACGCUGGUAAAGAGGUUUAUUCAAGCUCGCAGAUCCUAUUCUGUAGACAAGCAAGACGCUAUCAGGCAGUGCGAACUGCUGCUGGAAGAGCCAGAUCUGGAGAGUGCUGUGCGUUUUGGGGAUGUGUACGCUGUGCUGGUGGAACAUUACACACAGCAAGGAGACUUCCAGAAGGCCUACCGUUGUUUGGAGGAAAUGAGGUCCAAGAUGCCAUCUGUCAACCUGACCUAUUAUGUAUCCCAGAGCACAGUGGAAGCCGUGUAUCGGGCCCUCUCCAUUCCACUGAGCCACAAGCCAGCAUCUGAGCACGUGCGACACAACAGUGUGGAUGACAGCGAGGAGGUGGAAGAGGCACCAGAUAUCUAUUUUGACGGUUAACCUGUUCCUGCCAUGCAUGAUAUACUGUACACAAACCUCUUCAUUCCAGAACUGAAAUAGCUUGGAAAUAAUAUUUUAGCGGUAAAGACAUGGGCAGUUUCUCUCUUUUUUUACCUUGGCUAUUUUAACCUCUUGUUGGCAGUCUGGUAAUUAGCACAUUGAUUCCAAGAUGUUACAUAUAGGGCGAUUAUAUAGUAAAAGGUUGUAGUCGCUCAGCAGCAUGAUCCCUGUAGUAGAUUAGAGUGGCCCAUGCCAUUCAACCCCAAAUUAACUCCACAGCAUUUCUAUGUGCCUAGGUUCUUCACACCAUUCAGACUUGCUGAACUGGACCUUAUCAUUUGACCUUUGGAGCGGGGAUGGAAUAGACCAGAAUGGACUAAUAAAGUAGACCAAGAAUGUUGGAAUCUAGCAAUCAUCCACUAUGGCAUUUUAAAGGCUCUGACAAGUGUCCAGCCUUCUGAUGUCCAACAGAGUAGCACAAGGAUGCAUGACUCCAGUCCUUGAGGGCCACCUAUCAGUCAGAGCCUUUGGGCAUUAGUCAACCACACCUUACUUAAUUUAGUUGUGUCUAGUUGCCUGGCUGUCAUUGGGAUCCAUUGGUUUUAAUUGCUUUAUACCUGCAGUCUGCGGAAUAACAUUCCUUAGCAUAAUAACCCGUGCUGAGGGAACAUUAUUCUAUUUUCAUUGUGGAACUAGGAAUACUCAAUAGUGUAAUCUCCUAGUUUGAAGGAAUCACUCUUAUUGGUUUUGGAUUUAUAUGAUCACCAUUACAGUCAAUCAUAGUUAUCGUAAAGGAUUUGUUUACAAAGCCAACCUGUCACUUUUGCUAUUAUUUUGCCCUGUACAGAGGGAAGCUCUAUGACAGCUGCAGUCAGAGUAAAAUGCAGAUGGUAAAGAAACCUUCUGCAUGCUUGGGAGCACUCAGGGGCAGGCGGCUUGCUCUGGGGGCACUUGGGGGGGUUAUGCUUCCUGAGUCAUUGACUUUGGGCAACUGUGUGGAUCAUCAGUUUGGACAUUAGAGGACACAUGCUAGCUCUGGGUCAGUGACUCGAGAAGUAUCCAAGCCGAAGACAGCCAGGCAACUAGCAUUUUAUUCCCCCAAUUUCUGUUAGUACAGGUUUCCUCUGAAUAAGACCCCUUUUACACGUUUUAGCGCUAAAAAUAGCACCUAAAUAUCACAUGAACAGCUCCUGCCCUGCAGU